GUUUAAUGGAUGAUUCGCGUCUCCGAGAAUUUCUACGCGGGUAGCUACACCCUAGAUAUACACACUACCUAGUACCUACCUAGUACCUAGACUGACCUCGGAAUCAACACAACUUAAACCGAUAUAUCGCCAACAAUUCAAUACUUUCAUACUCUUCUACUACGUACCCUCGAUAAUUAAUGAAUGACAUACGAACUAACAUUGCCCCCACUUUGGAUUUCAUCGCCAAAUCAUUAUGCGAUUUAUCCACUCGUAGCAAUUGUUAGUUGUAGCGACUGCGGGAGGCGCAAGAGACACUCGUCUACAAGAUGCCAGCCUUUUCUUCUAUAAAUGUCGAACCCGAGGAGAAUAUCGACGAGGAGGUCGAUAAUACUCGCGAAAUCCAAAUCGACGAGGCCCUGAAACGCUUCCAAACAGCCCUUAAGCUUCAUGCACAAGGCCCCAAGAAUUAUGAAGAUGCUACCCUAGCAUAUGAGUCGUUAUUCGAAUCGGAUAUCUUCCGAUUUCCCGAGAGCGCGACCGACUUCGAACGCGCCGAACGACAGUCCGAUCAUCGCCAUCUUGGCGUCGAUGUACCCUUUGCGCAGCCACUCGACGACACCCAAGGCGACAUCGACGGUAGUGGCAGUAGUCUACCACAGACCCUAUACCUUGCAUAUAAAAACCAUGGCCAGUUUGCGCUUGACAAUAUUAGAUAUCUGGCCAAAGUGGGAGGUGAUGCAAAAGCUGUGCUGGAAGACAAACAGGUCCUUGCAAGCGCUCAGAAGGCGCUCUACGAAUUUAGUUCGGCCCUGGAUUUCGAUCCGUCAGAUGCUGAGCUUUGGAGAAGAGCUGCGCGUGUUGCCGCGUUUCUAAACAGCAGGAGAAUUAGUCGAUAUUGCCUCGAAGCUGCUAUUGAACUUGACGAUGAUCCGGCCGUCGAGGAAGUUGAGCCACCCUCCCUCGCGGAGGGAUUCGCAGGUGAACAGCUGAAGAAGCUAUUGAAUGUUUUAUCCGACGAUCUCGCAUUGUCGCAUCCAAUUAUGAUACCAUUUCUUAAGAAAUCAGUAUCCGGCCGUCUAAUGAAAUAUCUCGACCCUUUCCCAUUCCUCCCGGAACUUACCGACUUGUCUGCGCCGCCAAAGCGCUUGUUAGCAGCGGGUGAGCAGAAACUUCAACGACUUAUUAUCAACGUCCCCGUAGCUUCAUGGGCUGAUCUAGGCAUGUCACUUGUACACUCGGUCGCGACUGGGGGGAUACCUGGGGAAGCUGUCACGUUGAACCUUCCCGACAUACCUGAGACUCAGGACGAUAUCCAAAUGCUUGUUGAAAGGCCAAAGCUAGAUUUAUCCAAUGAGACUGCCGCUGCACAACCGGCCCCAGACAACAAGCCGGCAGCGUCAUCCAAAGAUGACCAAAGUGAUUCUAUGAAAGAGUGUGGCGCUGACAAUGGGAACAUCUUAGAAGACGCGCGGGCCGAACGCAGUGUCUCGGUCCUCUCUCGAAAGCGAUCACAGUCCACAGCUGGACUACCCGACGGAGUUGACGAAGAAGUGGUAGAUCAGAAGAGGAGCAAGCGAAUUCGACGCCGUGAGACCGCUGGUGAGGUUAUGGACACGAACACGCAAUAUGCCACACAGUUACAGCCAUUCCAAGCCGCCGAUCAGAAUCUCUUCCAGAUGACGCGUAAUAUGGUAGAGAACUUGGGUGUUACUGAUCGCGAUACCUUUGAUCGGUUAGCUGAAGUCCUCGACUCUUGUGCGUCGUCUACCCGUACUGCCAAACUUGAACGGCCGGCUAUGGUUGAUCUGCGCGAUUCGUUGAUUAAGUUUAAUGAAGAGAGCACGAGGGUAGUCCUGAACAAGAAGGAGGCCUCACCUAUCGGCUUUUCAUCCUUUCUUGAGCACUCGAAGCCCGGAUCUCAGAAUAAACGGGCUACGCCUAUGUUCCACGAAACAAAGGGUCUGAAAGCUUUCUCCCAAAAGGUUAAUGACAAUUGGAUAUCAAUCCAAGAUGUUGCCUUUGAGUGGGUGAGCCAUGUGUGCGAGACAUAUCUUACGAGCAAAUGGUCGGAUUCCACGAAGACUGCCGUUGUCCAAGUGAUUAGCCAUCUCGAUGAAGACAUAUGGAACCGAGUGCAGUACGAACUUAAAUACCUUACUUCAUCUCAGGACCCCCAUCAGACAUUGGCUAUGAUCGACCAAAUAGUUCAGAUGCUAUUUGAGCUGCAUCUAGACGUCUACGAACGGAUAACAAACCCCAACAGUGCCGUGGAUUUUGCUAUCCGCGUCGAAACUAAAGGGAGACUAGGCCGAUGGUUCACAUUUGCUUCGCGGAUGAGUCGAGAUCGUCCGGAGGGCGCGGACGCUUCACUAUCCGCCCGGUUUCUAUGGUCCGCUGUUUUUGCUGUUACAUUGACAGAGGGUGUAUCAAGGGACCACAUUCUCCAAUGCUGGAAGAGUCUCCGAGACAGACUUGUCGAGGAACCGGAAAUCGUCGACAUACGACUUCCAAAUAAUGCGAUCAUGCCAGAAGUCUCAGCUCAUGCAGCUGAUAGGGAGAUAUCCAAACUCACAACUAUGGACUUCUUCCUCGGCCUAUUCCAAAACGACCUCAGCGACCCCGUCUCUGUAAUCGAAAGUUUGGAGCCGGUCCUUAAUCCUUCCUCUGUUUGUGUAGCAAUAGCCACCUCCACAACGUCUGAGACUAUGGUGGUAGAUGAAGACCCUGACGCCUUGGCAGCUAAUCCCACUGGGUUACCGAUUUCCCAGACCGCGAACCAGGGUCUACGGGAUCUUUGGAAGUUCUUGCUAGGCACAAGCACAGAACUAAGAUUAUUUUUAUGGACGCGACUGGGAGAUGCAUAUAGUGCUAUCGACUAUACGACCAAGCAAUUUUCGUGUCUUUUGAAGAGUAUUGAGAUGGUUAUUACCGAUUUCGAACAGGAGUCGUAUUUGACUAUGUCUACUGAAUCACGUCGCCCUCUAUUCCUAAAGAUGCUCAGGUUUCUAGACGAGUUAUUGAUACAGGCGCUUUCGAUGGCACUCAACGACCCCAAAGCUUUUGACAUCAUUGACGACGAACACCUUAGGUCUAGUAUUUCGACCUUGGUAAAAUUAUCCUGUAUGCUACAUGUAUCGUGCAUGUAUGAAGAUGAGGUCCGUGUUGGCAUGAACCAGCAUGUUUCAAGUGGCGCGACUUUUCAGUCUUUCUUGACCAAACUCCGAGAGAUGCAAGUUAGGAACUGGUCUCUGUUGUAUACAAUGCUCAAGUCUGGCAUGGCACAGAACAAAUCAGGGUUUACUACGCCGGACAAUGACCUUGCUGAUUAUCUAGCGGCAAUUCAUCAAGUCCUAGGCCUCAGGAAAUUUUGCAAAUCGUCUAACAAAAUUUUCCUCAAGAUGAUGCGGGUGGAAUUAUUGAAGCAGAACCUCAUAGACAACUGGGAGGAUUACCUCGGCCAAGUACUCUACGAUCUUUAUGGCUUGAAACUCGGUGUUGGCCUUAGCGAAGUACAAGACCAUGGGUGUCCCCCUGAAAAGCUCGAGCGACGCAAUACAACCGCACUUGUUGAGAGAGUAUCCGUCCUUGCUAACCGUAUGCCGAUGAAAGAUCUGCUGAAGUCAGACCUCAAAACAACAAUCGAACACAUGCAACAGGCCAUUGGGCAAACCAAAUCAAAUCAACAAUUUAUACAAAAUCUGCGGAUUUUUAAUCAAACCCUGCAGAGACCUAUCCCACCACUCCGCCUGUACGAAGCCCUCAAAGGUAACAUAUCGAUCGACGCAGUUACCGUUAACACUCCGGAUAGCGCCUUGGCCAAACACAGAUGGUUCUUUCUUCUAGGAAUGAUUGCAUUCACCAAGUUUAAGGGCGUGGAUCUCAACAGGAGGCAGACACCAGGCGCUACUGACGACCUUCGUAUCGGCGCCACGUUCUUACGCCAGCAACUACAGUUCACACCCGAUCAAUGGGAUGCAUGGUUUAGGCUCGCCGAGUGCUUCGACUACGAGCUUGAUGAAUCCGUACUUUGGACAGCUGACAAGAUGAAUAAGGAGAGAGCAGAACUAAUUAAGUACCAACGGAGUGCAAUACACUGUUAUACUCUCGCGCUAUCGCAAUCUCGGAAUGCACCACCGGAGGCGCUUGGAGAGUGUACUGAGGAUAUACAUGACCUAUACCAUAAGUUUGGUAUGCGGAUGUAUGCUUCCAGCCGUGAACCAUUUGCGAUGGAACCGUUUCAUCAUUCGGAGCAUAAACGAUUUGUCAUCCUCGAAUCUGGUGUCGAAUCGAAAGAUCUUCAUUCGCAAAUGGAAGAUUAUAAAGUAUGGAAGUAUGCAGCUAGGCUGUUCAGAAAGGCUAUGGAAGUCAAACCAAAACAAUGGCAGAAUCCGUAUAUGGUGGCCAAAUGUAUAUGGAAAAUGUACCAAAAACCACCAACCUCCCUCGAUCAUAGAGACAGACGAGACCGACCAACGAUGCGGGCCGUCAUCAACGCCCUCGAGAGAGCGGUCGAGGUUGUGUCUGCACUACCAAAACCGCGUCAUGGACAGGACCCUAUCCUAGAGCCCCACUACAAAAUCGUGUCGAUUUUGCAUAAGCUUGUCAUGCGAGGAGACAUAACGCCACAAGAAGCAGCCGAUGUACUCCAACGCCAGCCAUACGCUAUUCAGGAUGGGGAACAUGUUGAUAUUAAUGAUUUAGAAGACUGGGAGCCGUAUGUCAUCGAGACACUCAGCCAUCUGCGAGAGAAAGAUAGGUCUAAUUGGCAACAUCGAAUUAUCAUGCGGCAUGCCAGAAUCUUGUUUGACGAGAAUUCCGAAGAGCAAGGCUUCGUCCACGCAAUGGCUGCUUUUGGCGUUCUCAGGGAGUCGAUGCUGACCAAGACGAUGGUGAUGAACGUUUGGAAAUGCGACGCAGAGCGGCCGGGUAGACACCAUGUCUAUACCGAACAAUAUGUUCGAUUCGCCGUCAAACUCUUAAUUGUCCUAAAAGACAGACCGAAUUUCGAAGCUUUACUACGUCGCUUACGUAAGAAAGGCGCAGACUUCUAUCACUUCAGCGAUCUUUGGCAGACUUGUUGCAUUUCAUAUCUGCGACUUAUCCGACAAACGUAUCAGAUCUUACCGGUACUUGAAGAUGAUUUCAAGGCAAUAAGUCCCGAAGAAUUCGACAUCAUCGCCUCCCGGAUCAGCGACUGGUCUUCCGACCCAUCCUUGGCCCACCCUACGCUUAGUGCAUUACGGGAGACCAUUGAAUUAAAAAAACUCAAUGCCGGAUUCAUGAAGGCGGGCGCUAUUGAUGAUUUGGUAACCGACUGUUACACGGCGCUGUAUAAUGAAAUAGGGAAGUCUUUGCCAGGUCCCGCCAUAUCAGCUCUGAUUGCUGAGAGAGAGCAAGCACGUGUUCGCGAGGAAGUUCGACAAUCCGAAAAGGCGUUAGAAUCCAAGUCCUCCAAUCCGUUAAGCAACCUCUUGAAUCCGCAAUCCCACGAAAACUCGGGCACAGAGGGCGGUGCUGGGGAUUCGGCCCCGGCGAACACUGAAGGGGUGCAACGGCCUCGUAAAAUAGGCAUUAGGAGAGCCGAUAUUCUCCGCAAGGCGGAACAAGCAGCCCUACGUGUCCAAGAAGGUCCGAAACCCACUAGCACCAAGUCUCGCGGUUCUGUCUCUAGCGGCAAGACACCUGCUGCGGAGGAAGGGAAGGAGGGUGAAGCGAACGACGAUUUACAGAGUGAUAACGGAGCAGCUGACGAAGACACGGAAAUGAAAGAUGAGGAAGCCGAGGCGGAUAUGAGCUCAGCUCCUGGAAGCGUCCACGAUUCAGCCGACGAUGAAAGUGACCUCAGCGAUGCACCGCCAGAGGACGUCCUAGAUGAGGACGAAGCUCAACAGUUGAUGUUCCCAAACUUGACGAAGAGGAGUACUAAUUCUGGAAUCGAGGAUACUGACAGCGAAGAUUCCAAUGCUGCCGGCACUUCGGUUGAGGAGGUGGAAGAGGAAGUAGAAGAUGAUGAUGAUGAGGCAGAUGAGCCCGAGUAGACGACUACAAAGAUUUCACAAAAGCUGAUAGACUAGAGUUCAUUCCCUCUAUGGAUUCUACUACAUGUCACUCAGCUACCGACUAGACGUAUGAUCGGCGUUGUAUCGGGCAAAGCAAAACCAUCUGGGCUAUGGGUUGAGGGAGUUCUGGUGUAGACAACAAUUACCGGUAGU